AUGGAUUUAGGGCUUGGGUUUGGAUCACUUCGGUUUCGAAGUCCUGGGUUUCGGUCUCGAGUCCAAGAUCUACGCUCGAGAUCCAAGGCUUGGGAUUCAAGGAACAUCCCCAACCCGGGUUCUGAGGUUCGAAGUCUCAUUGUAAGAGGAAAUUGCCAACCCUGCACGUUCGACAAUCUUGAAAUUGCACAAGGAAAGAUUAGCGAUGACAAGUGGAAAGUAACAAUUACUAAUGGCUGUCCAUGUUCUCAACUGGAAGUGAAGCUUAGUUGCGAUGGAUUUGAUCAGUCUGCAGUUGAUCCUUCAAUUUUGUUAAAAUCUGGUGGCGAGUGUUUGGUCAAUAAGGGUCAACCAAUCUAUGGAAAUAAAAAUUUCAAUUUUGCCUAUGCUUCGAAAACUGAGUUUCCUUUCAAGCCACUCUCUUCCCAAGUUGCUUGUUCUUGA